GCGAAGUUCCCAUUGGCCGGUGACGGGAGAGACAUCCGGUGUACACGUCCGGCUAGCACAGAGAUAGCAGCUAUGGUGCGGUUCAAGCACAGGUACCUUCUGUGUGAGUUGGUGUCAGACGACCCCCGCUGCCGCCUAACUCUGGACGACCGAGUGCUGGGCUGCCUCGUGCGGGACACGAUCGCCCGAGUGCAUGGGACUUUCGGCGCCGCCGCCUGCUCGAUCGGCUUCGCAGUUCGAUACCUCAAUGUCUAUACUGGAAUAGUGCUACUUAGAUGCAGAAAAGAAUUCUACCAGCUCGUGUGGUCAGCCCUUCCUUUCCUCACGUACUUGGAGAACAAAGGACACCGUUAUCCUUGUUUUUUCAACACUUUGCACGUGGGAGGUACAAUUAGAACAUGUCAGAAGUUCCUGAUUCAGUACAACAGGAGACAGCUGUUGAUCUUGUUGCAGAACUGCACUGAUGAAGGAGAGCGGGACGCUAUCCAGAAAUCUGUCACCAGAAGCUGUUUCCUAGAAGAGGAGUCUGGUGAGGAGCUUUCAGACAGUGAUGAUGAGGCCACUGAAACAGUGGCGUGAACUCUACUUGCCACACAGCAGGCUGCACUGUGCCCAAGCCCACUUGAAAAACUGGACCUUCUAGGGGGUAGGAACGGCAUCUAGUUCUCCCAACUGGAGGGCUCCAACCAGAGGACAAAUGAGCAGCUCCACAUGGGAGACUUAAACUGGUUUCCUUUAUCUAGCCUCCCCUGGGUAAAUGAUUGUGUAGGUUCGUGAAGGCUCUGUAGACAUUUUUUGUAUCUAAAUGCUUGGAUGAGAAUAGGCUAAAUGUACUUGGUUUCUAUAACCUUUAGCGUAAGUUAUAAAAGUGUUAAAGUUUAUGAACUACAUGGUCCCCUAAAACCUCAAGUGCUCAUAGGUGGGGCUUUUGGGAGCUGACACUCCCGGCAGAUUAGUCCAUUUAGGAGUUUAUAGCUAGAUAGGGUAUUGGGAGGUGAAAUGUCAGAGGUGGGUCACUAGGGAUGUGCCCCAGAAGGGCCACCUACCCACCACUUUCCUUCGUCUUUUUUUUUUGGGGGGGGGACUGGUAAUCGAACUCAGGGCCUUCAGCUUGCCAGGCAGGUGCUGCACCACUGAGCUACAUCUCCGGCCCUCCUUCCUUGAUGUUUUUGCUUCCCCACAGCCAUGCCAUGAAGUGUUCUCUCUACCAUGCCUCCCUUCCCUAGAGCUAGCCUACUGUGGACUGAAAUAUCUACAAACAGCCAAAAUAAACCUUUCUCACUGUGGGUGUCAGGUAUUGUGUUUCGACAACAGGGCUUACAGAAUUUAUGCUUGACCAAGUCUCUCUCCCUUUCUAUAGCUCUGGCCUGUGAAAAGACUGGCUCCUUGUAUGAUGAAUUGUAAAUAGUAUUCCACGUGAGGCUUUGUACCUCCAAUCCCCAGGUUGGAGCCUAAGCAAAACAAGUCACUUAAAAUAGAGCAUUAGUGAGAAAUAGCAACUAAAUUUUGCACAGAUCUAUUUACAGUCUCAGGGGUUUUUGUGUUUUUUUUGGAAGAGGGGAAACAGGAUUUGAACACAAGGUCCUCACACUGAGCCUUUUCUCCACCUUUAUUUUCAUACAGCCCAGGCUGGACUCAAACUUGUGACCUUCCUGCCUCCCAGAGUGCUGGGAUUGCAGGUGUGUACCACCCUGUCUGGCCCAGUUUCACUAUAAGUCCCCAACUUGGGAACAUUUGAAUUGCAAACUUUCACAGGUAUACUGUACAAGAUUCACUUUGUUGGUCUACAACAAAUGAAUCAAACUUCUGAACAAUUCUCCCAGAACAGAACUUGUUUAUAAAUCGAGGACUUACAGUACUGAUUUAUAGAGCAGUAAUGGCAACUUUUACAGCUUUCAACAGUACAAACAGCCUGCUGACAUCUGUGCCUUAGGUUCACCACCAUUGCUACUGGGCUUUA